GAAUAAGUUUAUUUGUGUUGUAUGUCCUCUCAGUCAGGGGGCGUUCCCGUCAUGGUUUGGAUUCAUGGAGGAGGCUACACAGCAGGUAGUGCAACUCUUCCGGAUUAUAACGGGUUUGCAUUGGCUGCCGUUGGUGACGUCAUCGUGGUAUCCAUAAACUAUCGCCUCGGCAUAUUUGGUUUCCUUACCACAGAUGAUGAAACUUUGCCAGGGAAUGUAGGUCUUAUUGACCAAGUCGUUGCCCUGAAGUGGAUUAAGCAAAACAUUGCAGCUUUUGGAGGUGACAGUGAACGCAUCACCAUCUUCGGUGAGAGUGCUGGAAGUGCCAGCGUCAGUUUCCAUAUCCUCUCCAAGAUGUCAGAAGGAUUGUUCAAUCAGGCGAUAAUGCAGAGCGGGACUGCCCUUGCCCCUUGGUCAUACUACGAUAACAAGAAAGAAAUGCGUGAUCAGGCAUUUGAGAUGGGCGAGGCAACUGGUUGCACUACUUCAGACAGUGCAACCCUAGUUGAAUGUCUGAGGCAGCAGGACGCCAAUGAACUUCUAGCUAAAAGCAUUGAGAGAGUCCGCAUUUCUCCCGUUCUGGACGGAGUUUUCUUGGAGGAUUUGCCGUUGAAUCUCUACAACUCUGGGCGGUUCAACCACGCCACGAUCCUCCUAGGCACUAACGCUGACGAAGGGUCAUUGAUUCUCUUGCUUGAUCCGGAACUAGAAGGGUAUUAUGCGUCCGAAGCAGCCCCUGUCAUCACCAGACAGCAAUUUAAAGAUGGUCUCUCUGAUCAACUUACCCUUCAGUUCGGGUCGACUAACCGUCAGGUUGAAACUGCAAUCUCAACCUGGUACAUCGACUGGUCUCAAGCCGAAAACAUGACCGCUGACUACUACAAAGCAGUCGUGGACGUUGGCACUGACUUAUACUUUGCGUGUAACACUGACAGCGUAGCUCGGUAUCACGCCAUAGGAGGUGAUGACGUCUUCUUGUACCAGUUUACACACAUCCCAAGUGUAUCCAUCUAUGAUAUCGAGAUCGAUGGGGAGUUUUACGGACCAGGGUGGACUGGAGCGACCCAUGCUGAAGAGAUACCUUUGGUGUUAGGCACACCUUUUAUUCCGGAGACUGCCCGUCUACGAGCUGAGUUCCGGGACUCAGAGAAAGCACUGUCGGUGAAGUUUAUGGAAUUUUGGAGCAACUUUGCCAGAAGUGGAAAUCCUGGCCUGGAGACUGCUGGUUCCCAGCCAGCCACCGGAGCUGAUUAUUGGCCUAUGUUUACCAUUCCAGAGUUGAGAUACAAGGAACUAGACAUGAACUUCGGAACAGGCAGGGCCCUUAAGAGUAACGAGUGCAAUUUCUGGAACUCUUUCCUUCCGCAGCUUGGCACCAUGAUAGCGAGCAUUGAUGAAGUUGAGCGUGAAUGGAGAGAUUCGUAUAGCGCCUGGAAGUACACCGAUAUGGCCGACUGGAGAGAGCAGUUCAGCCAGUAUAAAGCACUUACCGGCAAUUAAACCAGGUGGACAGGUCCAGGGAUGCACGAACUAUAUGAUUGCCACAAAAACUACUUGUGUGUGAUAUAGUUAGUCAGUUAGUCAGUUAGUGUUAAUGAAAAUAAAGAAACUUUGACUGAAAUUGGCCGGAAAACUCUAUACUAACGUGAACAAGAAGGCAUUCGCAAAUAAUCUUAAACACAAGGAAAUCAAAUAAUUUUAGGUUCUAAGUAUUUUUCGCAUGACAUUACCUUGGUCUCGAUGUUUAAAACUAAAACACGAAUUCCGAGUACGUUUAUUUUAUUUGGGUUUAAAUCGGAUUGUGCGUCAGUUGACCCAGUUUCAGGUCAGUUACAAACCGUUUCCGUGUCAUGAUGACCACGAAACGGGUCAGGCCCCCUGCAGGACCGGAGUCAAGUAUCAAUUCCUUCAUGUGAAUUUAGAGUUUGAAUUUACUUCUUAUGUUGUUCAAGAUGUAACGAACCCCAUCAACAUCGCAAGAUAUUGAUAUUAGUAUCGAGUGAUUGUAUUGAAUUUUUAUUAUGAAAUUUAUUUUUUUAAAUUUUUAUUUUAAAAGCUCUUUUUACAGUAAUUAGUUUUAGAAAUAUCUAGAG